CUGGCCUUCCUGAUGUCGUCCUCCAGCUGCUGAUACCUGCAUCCUCUGUCCGCAUCGGCGUUGGGCCGCGGGAAUCCCGGCUGCGCAAAGCGGAAUGGAGGUAAAUUGUUUAACACUAAAAGACUUGAUCAACCCCAAGCAGACCAGACUAGAGUUGGCAGCUGAAGAUGGGGAAAACGCGCAAAAGGAAAAUAUAUUUGUUGAUCGAUUAAGGAUGGCCCCAAAGACUCCAAUAAAAAAUGAACCAAUUGAUUUAUCAAAGCAAAAAAUCUUCACUCCAGAAAGAAGCCCUAUUACUCCAGUUAAGCUUGUUGACCGACAGCAAACAGAGCCGUGGACACCCACAGCCAACCUGAAGGUGCUCAUCAGCGCUGCCAGCCCAGACAUUCGGGACCGAGAGAAGAGAAAGGGGCUGUUCAGACCCUUGGAAAACAAGGAUGAUGCGUUUACAGACUCUCUGCAGCUUGAUGUUGGGGACAGUGCUGUGGAUGAAUUUGAAAAGCAAAGACCAAGCAGAAAACAGAAAAGUUUAGGACUGCUCUGCCAGAAGUUUCUAGCUCGUUAUCCAAGUUACCCCUUGUCAACUGAGAAAACUACCAUCUCCCUAGACGAAGUGGCUGUCAGUCUCGGUGUGGAAAGAAGACGCAUCUAUGACAUUGUCAAUGUCCUGGAGUCCCUGCAUCUGGUCAGCCGUGUGGCCAAGAAUCAGUAUGGCUGGCAUGGACGGCACAGCCUGCCAAAAACCUUAAGAACCCUCCAGAGACUAGGCGAAGAGCAGAAGUACGAAGAGCAGAUGGCCCACCUCCAGCAGAAGGAGCUAGACCUGAUGGAUUAUAAGUUUGGCGAGCACAGAAGGAAUGGCUAUCCGGAGUGCCAAGAUCAGCAGUUACUGGAGUUCUCUGAGCCCGACUAUCCUUCAUCUGCAAACAGUAGAAAAGAUAAGUCUUUGAGAAUCAUGAGCCAGAAAUUUGUCAUGCUGUUCCUCGUCUCCAAAACCAAGAUUGUUACUCUGGAUGUGGCUGCUAAAAUACUGAUAGAAGAAAGCCAAGAUACUCCAGACCAUAGUAAAUUUAAAACAAAGGUACGACGUCUCUAUGACAUAGCCAAUGUUCUGACCAGCUUGGCUUUGAUAAAGAAAGUGCAUGUCACAGAAGAGCGAGGCCGGAAACCAGCCUUCAAGUGGAUCGGGCCUGUGGACUUCAGCUCCAGUGAUGAUGAACUAAUGGAUGUUUCUGCGUCCGUCUUACCAGAGUUGAAGAGAGAAACAUACGGCAAGAUUCAAGUCUGUGCAAAACAGAGGCUGGCUCGUCAUGGGUCCUUUAACACAGUUCAGGCUUCUGAGAGGAUAGAGAGAAAAGUGAUCUCAGAACCCAGCAGUCCAUACAGAGAGGAACAAGAAUCAGGUGGUUUUUCCUUAGAAAUUGGAAGUCUAGCUGCUAUCUACAGGCAGAAAAUAGAGGACAAGUUACAGGAAGGCACCUCUGCCAGUAAGAAAGCGGUACCUACAGCAGGCAGCCUGGACACCGGCCUCCUGUUUGACUCUGAAUACUAUGGUAACCCAUUAGCCCACCAGGCAUUUUCUGCUGCCCACACAGGCCUGCCGGCACUCUCCAUGCAAAACAGUCUUAGUGGACAAGUAGGGGUGUCCCUGGCUCCCAUGUCCUCUGACAGGGAGAGUAUGAAGCCUACCCUGUUUUCUGGCCAACCCAUGAUGUAUGUGCCCUCUGCAUCGCUGUUCAUGCUGUGUACAAACCUUCGAGGGGGGCCAGCCCCAGAGUCGGGCCUGGAGAGGAACGGCAGAAGCUUGGAGGUCCCGGCCACAGCAGAGCUGUCCUUGGCACCUUCCAGUCAGAAGCGCCUCUGUGAGGACAGGAAGCCCCUGGAGGAGCACGAGCCUGCCACUAAAAGACAAAGUCGGGAACUUGAAGACAGCCCCUUAUCCCUGGUAAUGCCCAAGAAGCCCUCAGAUUCCAUAGACCUCACCUCUGCCAAGACGGUGGGGUGCAGCGGCUCUGCGUCCCAGGAAGACUGUCCUGGGGAUGGCCCCCACCUGGCUGCGGAAGAGGUUUCUGGAAAUGCUGCAGAACACCACUUUGCUUCUUCUGAGCAUAGAACUCCUUCAAGAAACACAGAUACUGAAAAAAAGCCUUCACAAGAAAAUGAAAGCACCAAAGACUCCUCUUUGCCUCAGUAUCUGUAUGUGCAGUCUCCGCCCGGAUUAAAUGGUUUCAAUGUGCUCUUCUCUGGCAGCCAAAUCCCCUACACUGUGGGACCAUCCUCAGGUCAGCUGCCGCCCUUCAGUGUUCCUUGCAUGGUCUUACCGUCUCCACCUCUGGGCCCUUUUCCUGUUGUCUACUCUGCAGUGCCUGGGCCGAUUCCUUCUGCACCUGGCAUCCUCCCAAACACAGGACCUGUGAAUUUCAGCUUGCCGGGCCUUGGACCUACAGCUCAUCUUCUCAUCGGCCCUGCAGCUAUGAUUAACCCAAAGCUGUCCACGCUCCCUUCUGCAGACCCUCAGCUUCAGGGUCAGCCCUCCUGGAACCUGAGCCCUGUGACGGCAAGGUCGCACAGCGUCCAGCCUGAGUCCCCUGCAUACAUGGGGCAUCCAGUCUCAGUCAUAAAAUUAGAACAGUCACCCGUUCCAGUGACACCCAAGAGUAUGCAUCGCACGCACCGGGAGACCUUUUUCAAAACACCUGGCAGCCUCGGAGACCCCAUCCCUAGGAGAAGAGAAAGGAACCAGUCACGAAACACCAGCUCAGCCCAGAGGAGACUAGAAAUUCCCAGCGGUGGGCCUGAGUAGACAGAUG